AUGGCAGGUGGGAACCAGCGUGAACUUGCCCGCCAAAAGAACCUGAAGAAGACUCAGGAGAUCCACAAAGGGAAAAGGAAAGAGGAUAGCUUGUCUGCUUCUCAGAGAAAACAGAGAGACUCUGAAAUUAUGCAGCAAAAGCAAAAAGCGGCUAAUGAGAGGAAGUCUCUGCAGGCAGGUGCAAAAUGA